AUGUUACUAGCUAUUCCUACAAUACUCCUUGUGGUAUUCAUAUUUAUUGCAUCAGCUGCUGUGUUAAAAGCAAAACAAGGCCAAGAUAAUGGAAAACAUCCACCUGGUCCCAAGAGCCUGCCAAUUAUUGGUCAUCUCCACAUGCUAGGGAAACUACCACACCGCACCCUUCAAUCCCUUGCAACAACAUAUGGACCUAUAAUGUCCUUAAAGCUAGGACAGGUUCCAACCAUUGUGAUAUCCUCUCCUGAAGCAGCUGAACUAUUCCUCAAGAACCAUGACCUUAGUUUUGCUAGCAGGCCUAAAAGCAUCUCAUCCAUAUAUAUUUCCUAUGGUGGCAAGGGCUUAGUUUUUUCUGAGUAUGGUCCCUACUGGCGCAGUAUGAGGAAACUGUGCACAGUACAACUUCUGAUUGCAUCAAAAGUUGAGAUGUUUUCUCCUUUGAGAAGGGUGCAGUUGGGAGAGUUUGUCAAGUUUCUCCAGAAAACAGCAUCAUCGCGUGAGGUUGUCGAUCUCAGUGAUACUGUAGGGGAUCUCAUUGAGAAUUUCACCUUUAAAAUGAUAUUUGGUAGAAGCAAGGACGAUGGAUUCGAUUUAAAGAACCUUGUUCGUGAAGUAUUGAACUUGGCAGGAACUUUCAAUGUUGCAGAUUACUUGCCUUGGCUACGCAUGUUUGAUCUUCAGGGACUAGUAAAACGAUUAAAGAAAGUGUGCAAAUCAUUUGACAUAGUCUUGGAGCAGAUUAUCAAAGACCAUGAACAAUAUACUGAUAAAGAACAAAAAGGCCAAAAGGACUUUGUGGACAUAUUCCUUGCACUCAUGCAUCAACCCCUGGAUCCUCAGGAUGAACAUAGUCCUCCCAUUGAAAUAACACAUAUCAAGGCUAUUUUGAUGACUAUGAUUGUGGCAGGAGUUGACACAUCUGCUACAACGGUUGAGUGGGCUAUGUCAGAACUCUUAAAGCAUCCAAGGGUGAUGAAGAAACUUCAAGAUGAGUUGGAAAGUUUAGUGGGGAUGAAUAGAAAGGUGGAGGAGGCUGAUAUGGAAAAAUUACCGUAUUUGGACUUUGUGGUGAAGGAGACACUAAGAUUGUACCCUGUUGCACCUUUGUUAGUACCUCGGGAGUGUAGAGAAGAUGUUACAGUAGAUGGUUAUUGGAUAAAGAAAAAGUCAAGGGUCAUAGUGAAUGCAUGGGCUAUAGGGAGAGAUCCUAAAGUUUGGUCAGAUAAUGCUGAGGUGUUUUAUCCUGAAAGAUUUGCCAAUAGCAAUGUGGACAUAAGAGGAUUUGACUUUAGGCUCAUACCAUUUGGUUCAGGCCGCAGAGGGUGCCCUGGGAUUCAUUUGGGUCUAACCACUGCCAAGAUUGUCCUAGCUCAACUGGUUCAUUGUUUCAAUUGGGAGCUUCCAUUGGGAAUGUCCCCUGAUGAGCUGGACAUGACUGAGAAAUUUGGCCUCGCAAUGCCAAGAAGUAAGCACUUGCUAGCUGUGCCAACUUAUCGCCUUGCAGGUGAAGUUGGGAAGGAAAAAAUUUGA